AUGGCGGACGGUGCAAUCAACGAAAGAGAUAUCUUCGGCGAGGAUUCGGACCUGUCCGACCUCGAAGGUGCCCCCGGACAGCGUGCCGUAGCUGAAUCAUCCGGCGAAGACUCUGGCGAGGAUUAUGUCCAAGAGAAAGAACCGUCAUCAACGAAGAAGCGUAAACGGAGGAGGCGUGACGCGGCCGAGGGCGAAGGGGAGGAAGGCGGAGGUGGCGGCAGGCGUCGUCGGGCGACACAGAAGAAGGCGCCGAAGAAAGCCGGACCGACGGAGGAGGAGCUCGCCGCUAUGACACCCGAAGAACGGAACAAGUUGAAGCUUGACGCGGAGAUUGAUGCCCUCAUCAAGGUCAAGCGUACCAACCGGCCGAAGAAGCGGAAAAAGAACGAGGAAGAUGUGUUGGACCAGUUUGCGGACGAGGAAGUGUCGAGGUUGAGGGAGAUGAUGCUUGCGGCUGCGGACGACGAUAUUGAAGCGAACAGGCGCAAGGCGCCGGCGGCUUCCAAAUUACGACUGUUGCCGCAGGUUAUGGAGGUCUUACGCAAAAACGCUCUUUGGGAGUCUAUCGUGGAUAACAACUUGAUGGAAGCCGUCCGGCGCUGGCUCGAGCCACUGCCCGACAAGUCCCUCCCGGCGCUAAACAUUCAAAAGGACUUUAUGGAAGUUCUCCCCACGCUCGACAUCACGACCCAAAUCCUGCGCGAAUCCCAACUCGGGCGCAUCAUUCUCUUCUAUACCAAAUGCAAGCGCGUCACCCCGGACGUCAAACGCGUGGCCGAGCGCCUAAUGGAAGCAUGGACGCGUCCCAUCGUCAAGCGCUCGGCGUCGUACCGCGACCGUGCGAUCCCCGUGGCCGUGGCGCCGCAGGUCAGGGAGCGCGAGAAGUUGGGUGCCAUUCUUGCGAGGGGCAAGGAGGAGCCGAGGAGGACGCGGCCGAACGCGGUGGCCAUCCCGCAGAGGGAGAUGGGCACUUAUACUGUUGCGCCACAGAGCGGAUUCGUCAAGAACAACAAUAUGAGCGUGGAUCUGGACAGCGAGCGGAGGAAGAGGAACGCGGAGCGUAUGAGGAAUUUGACCAAGAGGGUGCAGGGUUCUCAGCGUGGUUGA